CGCCCUCUCCCUCGAGCAGCUACACAAUGGCCGGCAGCCACAUCGACCUGCGCAAGCGCAACGCCGCCUUCAACUCGCGCGUCGGCAAGGUCAACAAGCUCACGCCCCAGGAGACGCUCCAGACCAAGCCCGCCGUCCCCCGCUGGACCGUCAUCCUCUUCCUCGUCCUCAUCGUUGGGGGCUUCGGUCUCGAGCUCCUCCAGCAGAUCAUUUCCUACUUUGCCCCGGCCGCUCGCCCGACGGCACGAUGAGCUGGCUGCAGCGCGAGAGCGGGCAGGGUCGCAGCGGAGGAGGAGGAGGAGCAGGAUACCCAGGCUGUACAUAUCGUCGACGUCGCGGCAGGGCUGCUGGUCCAGCCGCCUGCAUUGCAAUUCUUUGCGCUCGCGUCGAAACU